GAGUGAAAUGACUACAACUGUGCAACAAUUUCCAACAUAUUCCAUCGAAGUUGGAGUCCACAAAGGCAUACCUUUCUACAAUGUCUCAUCUUACCAUACGAGCAACCAGAAACAAACAACAUCCAUGCAACACAAAUCAAUGUGCAGUAACCCUUACGAUCAAGCAAGCUCAGCAGAAGAUCAGCCAACAUCAACCUCAAGUGCAAAUAAACAGAAACGUUCCCGCACCGCAUUCACCAGAAGUCAAAUAUUGGAGUUGGAAUGUGAGUUCCAGAAAAAUGUAUACCUUUAUCGUACACGCCGCAUAGAAAUCGCCAAGCGUUUGUCGCUCCGUGAGCGUCAGGUGAAAAUAUGGUUUCAAAAUCGUCGCAUGAAGCAAAAGAAGGAUUCGAAACGCUCGUCUUUCAAUGAAAGACUCACUGUAAAGGAUUCGCAGACGUUGAGCGAACAACUAGCGCACAGAGGCAUAGUGCAACGUCUGAUGUCCUACUCCAUGGAUCCGGCGGUAAGACGACAGCAAAAUUUCAGCAGUUCGCCCUGCAACAUAAACAGCUUUCACCCACCUAAAUCUACAAAUGUCGCUAGGUGUGCAACGCAAAACACAUUUGCGGCAAAUGCUAGUGCGAUACCGCCAUCAAUACCAUCGCCUGAUCUGGCAGAAAUAUUGCAACAACUCAACCAAAGCACAGGUGUGACACAGUCAACAACCACUAAUGAAGUCGUUGCAAAUCCAGGGUUGCCACUGAACACUCAAGAACUACAUCGUGCUGUUGAUUGUACAGGGGCGAGCAAAGUAGUAUCUGCUGAACCGAUGAGUUGCGAAAAUAUAUCUGUUGCGUGGUCUGCAACGCCACAAUCUAUAUCGUCGCCCAAGCCCUCAAUGAAUCUGUCGUGGUGCGAACCUUUGAACUGGCUACUGGGAGAAAGUAAUGAAUAUUAA